GCGGAAUGUCGCGUUUCGCGCAGCCUCAGGUUGCCGGAGUAACGAUUGCGAAAGUCCAGCUGACGACCCGGGGUGCGUCACAGAUCCGAGGAGGCAGCCAUGUAGUUGCACCUUUCGCACCGCUCACUGCUUUAGUGUUCUAUUAGAACUUAGUUUUAGUGUCUAUCUCUAACGACUAUUCUUCUUCUUCACUUCUUCCGCGACUUUAAUCUGUACUACUAAGCACUUUUUUCUGGUGAAAACAGUCUUUCGAAACAACAGGGUUAAACAACGACUGAUAACAUCAACAUUCUGUCAAUUUCAACAAUAAUUUUUCUCGUAGUGUAGUGUAGCUAUUUAAGCUUUGAUACAUUUUUUGAAUGUUUUACUUAAAUGUUGAAUUUUACAUUAAAAAUACUUAAUAAGAUAUAAUUUAGAAUUUUGGCGCUUCGAAACACAGGUUUCACAGGAACUGUUAAAAAAUUAAUCCCUUGAAAUGUACCGUGACGACAAAUUGAAAUUAUUACGCGAACGUAUUACGCGCUGUUGGAAUUCUCCCAAAAUAUUCUCAGUCAUCUCCGGAACACCGUGGACAUGUACCGCCGUGGAGGCAUAAAAAUACCGAUAUAAAAAAAUUUCAUCAUUACUGACGUUGGACGUUGCUUGUUGUUGUCGGUGUAUCUUUGUUCGCGAUGUUGAUGACGGCCAUCGGGCCGGACUUCGGCGCGUCACAAUUGUCGUCGGAAAUAUGGAGCUGCAAAGCAUGGUCAUCUAUACCAUUAUCAAUAUCCAGUUGCCAGUUGUGGGAGUUUGCAAAAGAGAAGAAGGAUGCCUCGGAUGGAUCAAAGGACAAAUUAAACGAGCGGUAGCGGCAUAUCUGCGUGCCCUCAACUUGUCCCCCAAUAAUGCCGUGGUUCACGGAAAUCUCGCCUGCGUUUACUAUGAACAAGGACUUAUCGAUCUGGCCAUUGAUACUUAUAGGCGAGCAAUUGAACUUCAGCCUAAUUUCCCGGACGCCUAUUGUAACUUAGCCAAUGCACUAAAAGAAAAAGGUCAAGUUUCCGAAGCCGAAGAAUGUUACAACACAGCAUUACGUUUGUGUCCUUCGCAUGCGGACUCUCUCAACAAUUUGGCCAAUAUCAAGAGGGAACAGGGUUACAUAGAAGAAGCUACCAGGUUGUACUUGAAGGCUUUGGAAGUAUUCCCCGAAUUUGCUGCAGCUCACAGCAAUUUAGCAUCUGUACUUCAGCAGCAGGGUAAACUGAAUGAAGCACUGAUGCAUUACAAGGAAGCUAUUAGGAUUCAGCCGACCUUUGCAGAUGCAUAUUCCAAUAUGGGAAAUACCUUGAAAGAGAUGCAAGACGUAUCUGGAGCCCUUCAAUGUUACACACGCGCCAUCCAAAUAAACCCGGCCUUUGCUGAUGCGCACAGUAAUCUAGCUAGUAUCCACAAAGAUUCAGGCAACAUUCCAGAAGCCAUACAGUCGUACAGAACCGCUUUAAAGCUGAAGCCAGAUUUUCCUGAUGCAUAUUGUAACCUCGCUCACUGCUUACAAAUUGUCUGUGACUGGACAGAUUAUGAUUCAAGGAUGAAAAAAUUGGUAAACAUUGUCGCAGAUCAGCUGGAAAAGAACCGUUUACCGUCUGUUCAUCCGCAUCAUUCAAUGUUGUAUCCUCUUUCUCACGAAUUCCGCAAAGCUAUUGCUGCCAGGCACGCUAAUUUAUGCCUAGAGAAAAUAAACGUUUUGCAUAAAUUCCCUUACAAGUUCACCCCGGAGCUUAAAAGUAGAUUAAGAAUCGGUUACGUCAGCAGUGAUUUUGGAAAUCAUCCGACAUCACAUUUAAUGCAGUCGAUUCCUGGAAUGCACGAUAAAUCAAAGGUAGAAAUAUUUUGUUAUGCUUUAAGCCAAGACGAUGGAACUACAUUCAGAAGUAAAAUCUCUAGGGAAGCGGAGCAUUUUAUUGAUCUUUCUUCUUUAUCUUGCAAUGGUAAAGCCGCUGAUCGAAUUUAUUCAGAUAAUAUCCACGUAUUAGUAAACAUGAAUGGAUAUACAAAGGGAGCACGAAACGAGAUAUUUGCUCUAAGGCCAGCUCCCAUUCAAGUAAUGUGGCUAGGAUAUCCAGGAACAAGUGGUGCCAGUUUCAUGGAUUACCUUAUUACCGAUGAAAUCACGUCACCAAUAGAAGUAGCAGAUCAAUAUAGCGAAAAGUUGGCUUAUAUGCCAUACACAUACUUUGUCGGAGACCACAAACAAAUGUUCCCCCAUUUAAAAGAAAGAUUAAUAGUAAGUGAUAAAACGGGACAGAAUUUAGCUGAUAAUGUAGCUAUAAUCAACGCCACAGAUUUAUCUCCUCUUGUUGAAAAUACAGACGUCAAAGAAAUUAAAGAGAUCAUAAAAGCGGCAAAACCAGUGGAAAUUAGCUUGAAAGUUGCUGAAUUACCAACUACCACUCCGAUAGAAAAUAUGAUUGCAUCUGGACAAAUUCAAACUUCAUUGAAUGGAGUAGUUGUCCAAAACGGACUAGCAACAACGCAAACAAAUAACAAAGCAGCUACGGGUGAGGAAGUUCCACAAAAUAUCGUUAUAACAACUAGACAGCAAUACGGCCUACCAGAUGAUGCAGUAGUUUACUGUAAUUUUAAUCAGUUGUACAAAAUCGAUCCAGUGACGCUUCACAUGUGGGUGAACAUUCUGAAAGCAGUACCAAAUGCAGUCCUCUGGCUGUUACGGUUUCCCGCAGUCGGUGAACCGAAUUUAUUGAGCACUGUACAGCAUCUAGGUUUACCACCAGAGAAAAUUAUCUUUAGUAAUGUAGCUGCCAAAGAAGAACAUGUAAGGAGAGGUCAACUCGCAGAUGUUUGUCUCGAUACUCCGUUAUGCAAUGGACACACAACCAGCAUGGACGUGCUGUGGACAGGAACUCCAGUGGUAACUUUACCCGGUGAAACUUUAGCGUCGCGAGUAGCAGCUAGUCAGUUGAAUACUUUGGGUUGUCCUGAGUUGAUAGCUAAUUCAAGGCAGGAAUAUCAAGAUAUUGCCAUUAAACUGGGAACAGAUAAAGAAUAUUUAAAAGCUAUGCGACACAAAGUAUGGACAGCAAGAUCAACUUCACCACUAUUUAACUGUAAGAUCUAUGCACAAGGGUUGGAGUUGUUGUACGGCAAGAUGUGGGAUCGCUUCGCAGCUGGCUUGAAACCCGAUCACAUCAUUGAUACAACUGCCACUGAAUAGUGUCAUCGUUGAAAAUGUGAUAAAAUACGUUAACUUUAAAAAUCUCUUCUUUUUAUAGACAAUAAUUUGCAAUUGAGAAAAAUACAUAGUUUCAGUUCCAAGUUGAUACUAAUGUAGUUUUAGUAUGACAAUGACAUUGUAUAUAAAAGAUUUCCGUGACGACAUAUUAAGCAAAAGAUUAUUGAGUUGAUGCGAAUUCUUGUUAUGUUAUUCUCGCAGUGAACAUUAUUUUUAUAUAAUUGAUAUCAACAACUGACUAUGGCUAUUUGUGUGAUUUAUUAAAUUGUAUAUAUUUCUUAUAGUAUAAAAUGUAUAUGUGCGGUUUAAAUAAGUUCAAUAUGAUUUAUAUUAUUUAAGUUAUUAAUAAAUUAUAUGCUGUUCAUUUUAUUACUAUGUAAUACAUUUACUUGACAUGUGUAAUUUAAUGCCAUUAUAAUAAAGAUAUAUUUU